AUGAAACGCCGACAGAAUGCCAUGGUUGUCCGUGCAAGCAGCUUCGCCGUUGGAGAGCAAAGCGACGAUGGGGGAGUGUCUUUUCCAAAUCCUGUCGGUGGAGCCAUGAAUAAUAUGAACAACGAAACCGAUGUCCUCAGCAUCCCAUCGACAGAACCCAAUGAUCGCUGGAACUACGCUCUGCUGAUCGUUCUAUAUACCCUGCAAGGUAUUCCCAUGGGAUUGAGUGCCUCUAUUCCCUUUCUCAUCCAGCAAAAGUUAAAGACAAUGGCUGCCAUGGCAGCUUCGGCUGCAGGUGAGGCUGGGACGGCGGAAGCGGGAGCUGCAGCAGCUCAUGCCGCAAAACUCUCUUAUAACGCCAAUGCCAUUUUUGCACUCUGCAGUUGGCCUUUUUCACUCAAAAUGCUAUGGGCACCCAUUGUGGAUUCCCUUUAUUUCAAGAGCUUUGGGAGACGAAAAACGUGGCUCGUGCCGGUGCAGUUCUUGUCAGGAUUGGUCAUGGUCUUGGGGGCCGAUUUUGUGGAGCAACAACUGGGUCUAGAAAGUCUAUCGUCAGCGGAUGACACUGCAGAGCGUCGUGGUUGGAAAGCCCGCAGAAGAAUGUCAGCUGCUACAGGAUCACAAACCGAGGAAGGGACCAUGAAUGUCAGCGGUGUCACGGCAUUCUUUUUCCUCCUCUACUUCCUCAUGGCUACCCAAGAUAUUGCCGUCGAUGGCUGGGCAUUGACCAUGCUGUCCAAAAAGAAUAGGGGGCGUGGCCCCGUAUGCAACUCCAUCGGACAAAACAUUGGAUACUUUUUGAGUUUUGUCGGCUUCUUGGCACUUAAUGAUGCCGAAGCGAGUGAAAAUAUAUGGCGUCCUCUCUUGGGGCUUGCAAGCCAACCUGAUACCGGAUUGGUGAGCCUAGGUGCAUUCGUACGCUUCAUGGGGUUCUUUAUGCUCACGACGACGCUGCUGGUGGCGUUGUUCAAACACGAGACGGAAGAAAGCAGCAACAAUGAACCCGAGUCGGGAAUACCCAAAUCCAAAGAAGCCUUGCUCGCUUCCGACAAACUCGGAAAAGACGACGAUGACGACGAUGCUGAGUUGGAUGCAGCACAGAUCGGGUUAAAGGAGACAUAUCACAGGCUUUGGGCAGUCUGUCAGCUGCCAUCUGUGAGGCUCUUGUUCCUCAUUCUCCUGACAUAUCGUCUGCCCACGGCACUCAGCGACAACGUAAAGUUUCUCAAGGCGGUCGAGUAUGGUUUGAGCAAGUCAACAACUGCCUUAUUGUCACCUACUGUGAUCCUUCCCUUGGGCAUUUUGGUUCCUUUGGUGGCAAAUCGAAUCUGGCACGGACAUCCACUGAAUCAGUUCAUGACCGGGUACUUAUUUCGAGUCAUUGUAGUCCCAAUCAUGGACUUGGCCAUGCUUGGAGUUGUGAAACGAGGAAAGUCUCAUACAAUGUACGAACGUCUGAGCUUCUGGCUUGCAGUGGUGUCUUCCACAGCGGGUCAGGCCAUUGCCAGCAGUCUGCAAUUCAAUGCUCAAAUGACAUUCUUCGCAAGCCGAGCCGAUCCAGCAAUUGGAGGGUCGUACAUGACUCUCCUGAACACGGCAGCCAACUUGGGAGGAACUUGGCCUUCUUCCUUUGUCAUGUGGCUUGUUGGAGUCUUGACCGAAGAGGAGCAUUGUCACUUUGACAAGAAAACUAAGAGCAACAUUUGUGUUGGCAGAAACAGAGAUCCUUACGUUGGGAUGCAAGUUGGCUCCACUCUGCUUGGCCUCCUUUGGAUUUUCUUCUUUCAACAACGUGUCUAUGGCCUUGCCAAGCUCCCAGAUGACGCUUGGAGAACGCACCUGCUGGAUGAUGACAGUCAAAGUGGAGAAGAUGUUGAAUCGCCCAGACAAGACGGGCUACGGAAGCGUUUUGCGAAGCACGAGUAGCGACCGAGAGGUGCAUGGAGUGACAGUCAGAAUGCAAGGAAACUGAUUGUUAAUAGCAAGUCCCUCUGUUCCUACCGCUCAUACAGUCGGGGGCAAAUACUGUUGACAAUAUUGUGCAGCAAUUUUUGAAUUUUCGUGAAUGUGUAGGUGGGUCCAGCAUUACCGGCACGGCCCUGCACAGCUAAAAGCAAGAGGCUAAUGAAGUGCAUUGUAGCUAGUGAGCCUUGGAUGGCCCAACGCAGCUCCCUAGCCCUGAAUACAAGCUAAGUUAAUACUUGCCAAAUCGGACGUCUCCAGCAACAUGCGCUAGUCCUUUCAGUGCGCAGUUGAAGCAAGGCAAGAAGCCAGGUCCUGUGGGCUACUAGCUACCUGUAGCUACCGUCAGAGAUUGCGC